AUGGGUGGGGCUGGAGACAAGUGUUCCCAGCAACACCCACGGGAAUCAUUUAUUUGCGGCUGGAAUUCUUUCGUAGGAAUUCCGAAACUUAUCAUAGGAAUUCAUAGGAAUGACGUACUAAUUAUAGGAAUAAAAAAAAUUCAGGAAAACCAAUUAUUAGCCAUGGGUGGGGCUGGAGACAAGUGUUCCCAGCAACACCCACGGGAAUCAUUUAUUUGCGGCUGGAAUUCUUUCGUAGGAAUUCCGAAACUUAUCAUAGAAAUUCUUAGGAAUGACUUACUAAUUAUAGGAAUAAAAAAAAUUCAGGAAAACCAAUUAUUAGCCAUGGGUGGGGCUGGAGACAAGUGUUCCCAGCAACACCCACGGGAAUCAUUUAUUUGCGGCUGGAAUUCUUUCGUAGGAAUUCCGAAACUUAUCAUAGGAAUUCAUAGGAAUGACGUACUAAUUAUAGGAAUAAAAAAAAUUCAGGAAAACCAAUGA